AUGAAGCCCUUCAUGCUGGCCAGCAUAUCCCUCUUCAUCUUUUUAUUCAUAGUUAUAUCUUACUUACUCUUUAAAGCUAAUCCUUGGCCUUUUACUAUUGCAACUCUCUUCUCCCUUUUCCUUUUCCUCUUAAACUUUUGGUCAGUGCCAGGAGGGUUUGCAUGGAGAAACUAUAUUCACUAUCAAAAACCUAAAAAACUUCUUGGACCUUUUUCUUGGCCCUUCUUGGGGUUUCUACCUCAAAUGGGAUCUCAUGCUCAUCAGAAGCUCGCCACCCUUGCUACAUCGUUGGGUUCGACUCGACUCAUGAUUAUAAGCCUAGGUGCUACUCGAGUUAUCAUCAGUAGUCACCCUGACACUGCGAAGGAAAUUCUUUGUGGUACCUCAUUUGCAAAUCGUCCUGUGAAAGAAUCAGCUAAAUUGCUCAUGUUUGAACGAGCAAUUGGUUUCGCUCCUUAUGAGAGUUAUUGGCGAAAUCUAAGAAGAAUUGCUGCGAAUCACAUGUUUUCUCCUCGGAGAAUUUCAAGUUUUGAGAGUCUUCGACAAUUUAUAGCUGAUAACAUGAUAGAAGGAGUUGUCAAGGAGAUGAAUGAGAUUGGUUUUGUUGAGGUUAGAGGGAUAUUAAGAAAAGGGUCUUUGAGAAAUAUACUGGAAAGUGUGUUUGGGAGUACUUUAGGUUUAGAAGGUGAAAAACUAGGGUUAAUGGUGAAGGAAGGAUAUGAAUUGAUUGGAGAAUUUAAUUGGUCUGAUUAUUUUCCUUUAAGGUUUUUAGACUUUUGGGGUACUAAGAGAAGGUGUCAUAAAUUGGCAGCUCAAGUGAAUGAAUUGGUUGGCGAAAUAGUGAAAGAAAGAAGAAGAGAGGGAGAAUUAAACAUGAAAAAUGACUUCCUUAGUGUGUUGCUAUCUUUGGCAAAAGAAGAUCAACUUACUGAUGCAGACAUGGUGGCUGUUUUGUGGGAAAUGGUGUUUAGAGGAACAGAUACAGUUGCCAUCCUUCUAGAGUGGAUCAUGGCAAGAAUGGUUUUACACCAAGAUGUUCAAGCAAAAGCACAAAAAGAGAUUGACACGUGCGUUGGUCAUAACAAGCACGUGCGGGACUCAGACAUACAAAACCUUCCUUAUUUGCAGGCCAUUGUGAAGGAAGUUCUUAGAUUGCACCCACCAGGCCCACUUCUCUCUUGGGCCCGUUUAGCUAUCCAUGAUACUUAUGUAGAUAAGUGCUUCAUUCCUGCAGGGACAACUGCAAUGGUUAAUAUGUGGGCUAUUACACAUGACUCAACAAUUUGGGAAGAUCCAUGGGCCUUUAAGCCCGAAAGGUUUUGUGAUAAAGAAGAAGACAUCUCAAUUAUGGGUUCGGAUCUUAGGCUUGCUCCAUUCGGGUCUGGACGUCGGGUUUGCCCCGGAAGGGUAUUAGGGUUGGCCACAGUGCACCUCUGGCUAGCACGACUUCUCCAACAGUUCAAAUGGCUCCCAAGCAAACCUGUUGAUCUUGCUGAAUGUUUGAAGCUUUCCCUUGAGAUGGAGAAACCUCUAUCUUGUCGUGCAUUUACUCGAUAUGACACCUAAAUAAGCUUCUAUUAGUAGUAUCAUUAAUCAUAAGAAUUAUAAAACAAAAUAUAUGA